UUCACCUCUCAAAAUUAUGGUAAAACGGACUUCGAUGACAUGGUUUGGAAAGAGCUGUUGAGCACAACCACUUUUUGUGUGCAUCACUCCAGGACUUCAUGCUUAAUUAGGAUUUCAAGCCAUGCUUUAUCCAAAACAUCAUGGCACAGAUUUUACUGUAGCCAGCUUUUAGAUCAAAUAAAAAAGACUUCAGCUGAGAAUCAGAGCUUAUUAAGCAACCUGGAAAUAAUGGGAGUGGAUAUAAAAAUGGCAAGAAAACGUCAACCGGGAAUACUAAAAAAGAUGAUUACGCAUGAGGAAAGCCUUAGAAAGUUUCUCCAGUCCAAGGGAGCUAGUAAGGAGACAAUUGCUAGCAUUAUUUCAAGAUAUCCAAGGGCAAUCACCCGUACAUAUGAACAUCUGCUGGAGAAGUGGGACAUUUGGCAGACUAUUCUGAAGACAGAUUUACAAGUUUUAAAAAUUGUUGAGCGCUCUCCAGAAUCAUUUUUCCGAUCUGGUGACAUAGACAACUUAGAGGAAAACAUUACUUUCCUUAGUUCUCUUGGUUUGACUCCAAAAGAUCUCAGCCAAUUGCUUGCCAAAGCUCCUCGAACAUUUUCUAACAGAGCAGAGCUCAAUAAGCAGAUGGUGGACUUUUUACAAGACUUGUGUAUUAGCUUAGGAGGGGAAAGUCCCCAGGAAUUUGUAAAACAGGUAAUUAUCAAAAAUAUUUUUAUUUUAAUAAGAAGUACAAAGCGCCUCAAAGCCAACAUUGAAUUUCUCCAGUCAACUCUAAAACUUGAAGACAAAGAAUUUUUGUUUUGGAUUCAAGGCAAUGGAGUGGACGUCCUCGAUCUCUGCAAUACAUAUAUUAAAAGAAACCAUAAAAGUGCUCAGAAAAAACUGCUCUCUCUAGGUUGUUCAGAAGUAGAAAUAAGACGCUUUAUUAGCAGUUAUCCUAGCAUAUUGUACUUGUCUACGAAAAACUUUAUUGACAAAAUUGAUUUUCUUACUGAAAUCGGAAUUGCUAAAGAUCAAAUACUGGAAAAUCCCAGAGUACUGGAAGUUAGUAUCGACACUUUAAAAAUCAGAACAAAAGACCUGUCUGAAAUUGAUUAUGAUUAUCAGUCCUUUGGGAUUGGUAUUUUGGUGUUGAGCCAGACUAGGUACAGAGAUAAAUUAGAGAAACUUUGUAAUUCCAGAUAAGCAUCUCUGCAAUUAAAUUGCAAGGGUGAUGCUUUAUUAUGUUUUUGAUUAAAUAUGAUUAAAUUUUUUUUGUCAUAUAUUAAAUGUCAAACAAAAAACGUAAUUGGAGGUGUCCUCCAUUAAUUUGCACUUUGUGUUGCCUGUAAACCUAACAAUCUGUGUCCAGACUCGUCAAUUCAACAUCAUAGCUGCUUAUCAUUGUUAAACAAAAGUAUUCAUAUUGAUAACAUACCCAAACACACUGUAACAUUUUACAAAUAAAUAUAUUUACUGAAUAUUGA